AUGACACGCCAGAACACGACCGCAACCAACAAAACCCGCCCUGGAGGGCUGCGUCAGAACUCCUCGGGAUCCACGCGUGCGCCGUUGACCGCACUGGCGCCGAACCGCAAAGACAGCACCGGUGUCAAUGGACGACCGGCCGCCGCAACCGCCGCUCCGCACAGUCGAGUUGAAGAGUUGGGACAGCGGGAAACAAGCCUGAUACGGAGCGGGAGUGAAGCGGACAGCCUGCUCGAUCUCUACAAGAGCAAUCCGAGUAGCGGCAAUGUCAGCCAAACCCCAGCCGACAAUGACAUCCCCGAGAACAUGUACCGGCCGACCGACGAUGACCCGGAGGGCUGGAUCCAUCGGGACAAGUUGGCCAAGAUUGAGAGCGAGGAAUUGCAGGCGGCAGGCAUCAACCUGGCCAAGGCGAGGAGGAGCGUGAGCAAGGGCACGCCACGAGACACCAGUCGAGGUCGACGAAGUGACGACCGCAACGCGUCCGAAUACCGCAGGGUCGAGUCCGAGGAGACCAAAACUCGACUGCCUGAGCCUCUGCCAGAAGCAGAAGAGGACGAAAGAGCAAACUGGGAUUUCCGCACGCCCGAGGAGAUCGCCGCAGAGACCCCGUCGUCUCAAAUAUACCUGAGUCCGACGCUGAGGAAAUCAGGCUCAAAGAUACCAGUGUUGACGUCAAGUCCUCUACCCAUACCACAAGAGAGAAUUGAGCGAGACACCCCGCUGGUCAGGAAGCGCACUAUUAGUAACAGUAUGAGUCCCGAAGACGGUAUCCCUGUCUUCAAGACCCGAACCAGAAAGGGAAGUAUAGGGAGUCAGACGAUGCAGGACGAAGGCGACUCUACAUUCCUCCCGACACCUGUUCCCAACAAGCAAUUAACAUCUAAAUUAUCAUCCCCCACCAAGAAUCGACCCAAAACAGGAGCCCAAGGCUCCCCACCAGGCACGUCAGCCGGACGCAAGACAUCUGCCGCAGCUAGGAAACCUUCAACCAAUGCCAAACCAGGCGCAGCACCUUCCACAACCCAGCGACCAGGAACGAGAUCCGGAGAACUCGAUCGCCCUCGGACAGCAGUGAAUCGACCAGAGGGCGAUCCGCCAUGGCUUGCCACCAUGUAUAAACCAGAUCCAAGACUUCCUCCCGAAGAACAGAUCAUUCCCACACAUGCUCGCAGACAGCAACAAGCACAGUGGCAAGACCAAGGCGCGGUGCCGAGCACGUAUGACAGGAACUUCUCCCCUCUAGCGAUUCAUACCGGCAAUGGGCAGGUGAAGUCGCCGUCGCCAGUCAUUCCCCAGUCGACACAGCCGGACGAAAAGGAGAAUGACGGUGCAGAUGAGGGAAGUGCCUGGCCUCUAAAACCCAGGCCAAACGGCAGAAACUCAGGAGCUGGUAGCAUGAGGCCGAGUACGGGAGGAAGCGUGAAUGGCGGAUACAGUACGAUGCCGCGAGUCCCGAAUCCCGUGCAAAGUACUACCAUGGGCAGUAUCACGUCUGUGCCCACCCAACCGAACACAAGGAUGCAGGUGCAGCGGAUGCAGCAAGACGAAAUGGAGGAGAAGGUCAAGGAGAAGGGAUGCGGGUGCUGUGUUGUUAUGUGA